UACUGAGAUGAUUCAUAAAAUGAAGCCAGAGCUCGUGGUGUGGGCGUCUCUGUGCCUGCUGCUUAGUCUCAACCCUGCUGCCCUCACUACUGACUCGGAGGAAGAUGACGAUUACAUGGAAACUACAGAGAAUACCGACUGGGAGUCCAAGAAGCCGGCGUUCACUUUCUGCGCGAUGAGAGCUCAAGACGGCCCCUGCAAGGCGAUGAUAAAGAGAUUCUUCUACAACAUCUUCACCGGCCAGUGUGAAGAAUUUAUAUAUGGAGGGUGCAUAGGAAACCAGAAUCAGUUUCUGACUGUGCAGGAAUGCAAAGAAACAUGCAUAAGAGAGUAUUCGCCACUGACGAAGUCGACAUUGGAAAAAGGAAAGCCAGAUUUAUGCUUUUUGGAAGAGGAUGUUGGAAUCUGUCGAGCUUAUAUUACCAGGUAUUUUUAUAACAACCAGUCAAGACAGUGUGAACCUUUCAUAUAUGGGGGAUGCCUAGGCAACCUGAACAACUUUGAAUCUUUGGAAGAAUGCAAGAGUACCUGUCAGGACACAGAGAAUGAUACACAGGUGGAUCGUUAUAAAACCAGACUCAUUCCACUUGUUACUGUGAAUACUGACUCUUUGACUUCGCGCUCCACCAGAGACCCCAAGAUUUGGGAAUUCCAGGGACCUUCAUGGUGUCUCACCCCAGCAGACAGAGGAAUGUGUCGAGCGAAUGAAACCAGAUUCUUCUACAACUCAGUCACUGAGAAGUGCCAUCCGUUUAUGUACAGUGGAUGUGGAGGAAACGAGAAUAACUUUGCUUCUAAAAGAGCAUGUGUCAGGGCCUGUAAAAAAGGCUUCAUCAAAAGAAAGUCCAAAGAAGGGCUAAUUAAAACCAGAAAGAAAAGAAGAAAGCAGAGAGUGGAAACAGUGAAUGACUAUCUUGUUAAAAAAAUAUGAAUCUUACACUAUUAGAAUAUUAAUUCUGCAAGAUAUUUUACAUGAAGUGUUUCACUAUAACUUUUGGUUUUCCUUUUCUAAAAUACUUUCAAUGGGGCUUGGGAUAUAGCUCAAUGGU